GAGGUGUUUGUAUAUAAAGAGACGCCGAAGUUUGUAGCGAAGAAAUUUCGCAAUUCAUUCAAUCACAGAGUGCGUCAAUGGAGCAGCAACAGCAGAAGAAGAGGCUUUGUAGCCAUAGCCGCACCUCUUCUUCCAAAGGCAAACGAAAGAGACAACCCCAUUCCCUCUUCGAUCUCAAUACCACUUUCUCUCUUCUUCUCGCCGCCGUCUCUAACCCUCACAAUCCCUACUCUGCUUCCUUGAUUCCCAAAUGCUUAACCCACCUCCAUUCCGCUCUUCUUCCUCAAUCUCCACACCCUCUCCAUACUCUUCCCCCUCCAAUCCUCUCUCUUCUUCCUCUUCUCAUUCUUUCCCAGCGCCAACGAAUUGCUUCUCGUGCUGCUGAGAUUGUGGGUUCUGCUUCGCUUCUCUCCCUCCGUAUGAAUGAAGUGAUUGCUUUGGAUGAUGGGGUUGUGAGGGCUUUGAUCUCGGCUUUGGCGUGUUCUAAGAGAAUGGUUGCGUUGGCUGCUUGUAAUGCUCUUCUCGAUUUGUCCACCACGUCGUUUGGCCGGCAAAGCUUGGUGCAUUUCUCUGCUAUCCAGCGUCUUAUAUCUGCAUUUCUGCAGGUUUCAGCCUCUUCAGAGAUGUCGGUUUCCGUAGGCACUGUAUAUAAUGAAAAUUCUGUAAGCUUGAAGGCAAGAUUUGAAGGAGAUGAACUUUCAGUAUCAAUUCUGAAUGCAGCUAUAGUUCUCAUUAACACUUGCCAUUUCAUACAUUUGGAAAAGAUACCAGGCUACCACUUGAAAGCAUUCUUGGCAUUUUUGAGAAAUCAAUGGAUAGAAGUGCGUAGUAAAAUGAUGCAAAUUAACAAAAUCAAGUGCUCGCAGGAGCAAUUUGAUAUGAGCAACAUUAGCACCAAUGAUUUGGCUGUGAGUAUUUUUAGGCUCUCUGUCAGUACCGAUCGCGUUAGCGGAGUUUUUCCAGUGAAGGAGGUUAAAACUUUAUUGGGUUUAAGUGGGUCAAACUUUGAAGAAUUUAUGCUCAACCACUGGGAAGCAUCACCAUGGCUCAUGCGGAAAUCCUCAAGAACCAUAAAUGAAGAAGCUGAUAUCAUCGGAUCAUUUAUGGGGUCUAUGACCUCAAUUGAAAAGAUUCAUUCCUUUGUUUCACCAAUGCUUGGAAGGUUAGUUUCUUGUAGUCCAAUUGCCUCAGAUGAACUAGAUAUACAUAAUUUCUUAGAGGAGGCAAGAAAUGAAUUGGGAUUUCCUUUAAUUUAUCAGCAAGAUAUACGUGUCCUGAGAACAGAUGAGCGUUUGAAAAAAGAGAUACAUUUCUUUCAUAAGAAUUUUGAGCCAUGCUGCACAAAGGGCCCUCAUUUCUUGAAGUUAAAUGAUGCGCUAAAAUGUGAAGAAGCUUUUAAGGAGGGUUAUACAAUUGCUUUGCGUGGGAUGGAAUUUCGAUGUGAGAAGAUUGCUGCUAUUGCCAAUACUGUAGCAUGUCUGUUUGGUCAACCAUCUGUAGGUGCUAAUAUGUACUUGACACCUCCAAGUUCUCAGGGUUUGGCUCGUCAUUAUGAUGAUCAUUGCGUGUUUGUAUGCCAGCUUGCUGGAAGCAAGCAGUGGACUGUUUUUAGUCCACCAAGGACGUGUUUACCUCGCUUGUAUGAUUCUCAUGAAUUCCCAAGUUGUUCAGAGGUUGAGAGUCCAUUCACGGUUGGAAGACAAUUUUUACUAAGGGAGGGUGAUGUUUUAUAUAUUCCUCGAGGAUUUCUUCAUGAGGCUCGUACUGUAAAUGAUGGUCCUGAUGGGUCUUCCCUACACCUUACUUUUGGUAUUGAGAUUGAACCUCCUUUUGAGAACAAGUCAUGUGCUGUGACCAACAUGCUUUUUGUCAAGUAUGGAACCUUGACAUGUUUCCAUGGGACACAAGCAACUUUUUGGACCCAAUACUUCUGGAAAAGCAGGUGGGAAGGAUUUGUUCAUACUGCUGUCUACUGUUGGAAUUGGAGUCAUAACCCAAAGGAAUAUGAUACUUUGUUUGCACCCAUGUCUCUAGAACUGCUGCACUUUGCAAUUUGGUUAAUUAGUGUCUCUGAUCAUAACUUUCGAAAGGCUUGCUUGGUAGCAGCUAGUUCACUGGCCUCAGACACCAACAAUAGGCUUGACCUGAACCAAAAGGCUACUUUCAGUAGAUUGAUAGAUAAGAUCAGUAGAGAGUCAAAAUUCUUGGAAGUGGUUGCUGGUAUAAAAAUUUCCAUUGAGAAAGACGAAGAUCCCUUUCAUCGGAUGAGAUGGAUUAGGCUUCUCAACGUAGAUGGGAAAGAAAGUGUCAAAGAAGGUAAAUGGACUAUGCCUUCAAUUGGUAUCAAAGACCUGUUAUCUACUUGUGUUAAUCAUAGAGAAAAGAUGGAAACUAUAUUUGUGGAGGUAAAAUCCAGAUUUUGUAGUGAAGUGAGAUUUGAAAAUGCUGUGGAGUGCUAUAAAAAGUUGCUCAAGAGGUUUAGGAAGGUCAGAAGUCAAUAUACGAAAGGAAUGAUUUCUUUGCAUUGAAUUACGAUGAUUAAUGUGACUGGUUCUUUACCAACCACAUUUCCUAGUUCAAGCAAUUCAGGUUCACAUAUAUUUUGGCAAGUUGCAAGCUCAAGUAAGCGCCUAAUUCUGACUUAUCUGCAAUGGUUCUCUGGUAUAUGAAAAUUUAGGAGGCUAAGAAGCCUAUUACUACUGGAGCUGAUUUUGGGGGCAAAGCUGCACCUUGUAUAUAAUUGUAGCAUGGAAAAAAAGAGCAAUUAAUACAUUGUAAAACAAAAGAGAGUAUUUGAAGUGCAGUACAUGUAUGAAUAGUUCAUUUCUUCUUAAAAGUUGAUAUGUUUCCUAUGGCUAUGGAUGUUUGGGCGUUGGAUUUGGAUGCGUUGUCACUCCAUGAUAGUCAAUGUGGUAAACAAGUUCACCCAAACUGUCGAUACUUGCUUCAUAUUCAGGUCUUCCUUCGGAGGCGAAAAGUUGAGGUGGAGAAUACAAACGUUCCACUGAAAGAAGAUAGAAGACAGUAAAGAGAAGGCAAAAGAAAAUAAAAUGGAUCCAACCGAUAAAGAAGGGGGCAGUCUGCCUGCCAUUUCCUGUACAUUUAUGGUUGUAAAGCUUGUAAAGUUAAAAAUAAAAUGGUAUCUGAAGCCUUGGCGAGAUAAUUGCUGCGGAUGGUCGGCAUUCUGGUGCUGUAUGCAAUAAAUGUAUGGAACUGAAAGAGGUGCGCAUUUUACAGCUUUUGAACAUGAUUGAUUAUUGCAUGAUUAACAUCAUCGAUGGCUACACUGGAGAUUCCUUGUGACAAUUGAUUUGAAAGGGAAGUGGUAAUGUGAAUUAAUCAGCUGAUAUAAGUGUCAUCAAUCCAGGCUUCAUGACAUGACUUUCUUUUGUUUUCUUUCCAUGAAUGUGAGCAGUUCAGAUCUGAAAUUUUGAAAUUUCAUGCCUUUGUGAUAUUGUAAUUUCUUACUCCAAUGACGAGACUUAUCUGACAAUAAAUAGAUAUCGACUUGUUCACGUCAAAGAUUGACGUUCUGUAUUUCUAUUUAACAAUGUACUAAUUGGGUUCUAAUUUGUGACAGAA